UCUUCAUUCAGCAAAGUUUGGAACAUCGAACCAGUUAAGUUUGCUAUUGUGACUAAAAAUGGUGCGAAAUUUGAAGACUUAGACAUUGACGGUAUGUUGACAGUCAAAGAAAAUUUUGACAGAAAGUUCUCAAAACUCGAAGAAGGUAAAGCAUACAAACUUGUUAUACCUUAUGAACCAAAGAAAGCAGACGACUAUGAAUAUUAUGAGUCUAAAGUUGUAGAAGUUCAAGGUAAAUUGGGUAAAAAGAUUUUAGAGUCUAAGCCAGUGUUUACUCCUAAAGAGGAAGAGAACAUUGACAUUGACCCAGAAAUGUUCUAA